AUGGGACUUCCUAUGUAUGUUUCUCCAUCGCUUUCAAAGAGACAGCUUCCACCGAAGCAACCGACGUCACCGCCGUAUACACCACAAGUCGAAGACGACUUCGAAGAAGCUUACCAAAACUCUAGAACAAGUGCCUUCGGUAAUGGUCGCGAUUUUGUUCAUCGAAACUCCGCUGCUUCAUCGCUACCUAUAUACAGCGAUAUACCGGAACCUGGAUUAGUGGCACACCCAGAAACAAGGAGUCAGAGGUCAAGGUCAACUUCUGUGCCGUAUAAUAUAGUUCAGCAACACAUACAAAGACUUCAUCAACUUCAUCAGAUUCACCGUACCAGAGAACCAUCAUCAAAUUUGGCUUCAAGACGUGGGUUACAUUCCGCGCACCUUUUAAAUCUUAAUCGAACACAGCAACAAAAUAACGAUGGUGGUAUUCAAAGACAUAAUAAUAUCAAUGAUAAUAUCAAUUCUUCACAUCGUAAUCACUCUUCAAGUGCUGCGUUAGAUAAUGUCAUAAGAAGGGUUAAUUUGUUGAGACAACAUCAUGAAAGUAGAUUUAUGAGGCCGUCUUCAUCUAGACAUUCCUCAUCUAGACAUCAUAGAUCAUCAACAACAGGACAUUCUUCUGGAAGAUUUUCAAAUUCACGAACUUCUUCACCAACGGUCAAUUUAGAACGUAGAGAUGAGUUAGUUCAACGUGAAAUUGAAAUUCCAUCCUCAUCAACGGUUCGUCUUCCGACAUCUCAUCUUCCAGAACCAACUUUGUUAUAUCACAAUGAACAUAACGCAUCGCCAUCUCCACCAGUUCCAAGACUUUCAAAUUGGCGUCACGUUCCCGAAGCUCCUGUCGAACAUCAUCAUAUAUCUCGUAUACUAUCGCCAAUACCCAGGAGGUAUGACGCUAGAUUUACCGCACCUGGAAACGAGCAUGAUUUAUUAGAAACUAAUGUUGAUAAUAGGUCAAAUGUAGAUAGAGGUUUAAAUGGAAACGAUUCAAUCGAAUCUGUAAGAACAGAGCAAAGAGGCUCAGCAUCAGGGGAGGUUUGUUAG